CUGAAAUCCUUCUGUCACCUGCAUUCCCUUUGUUGCAAUGAAUACCGAGCCGCUCCAUAUCCUAGCCGUCAAGAUGCGGAUGGCCCAGCUUCCGCUGGAGCCGAAGGACUUUAUGGUGAAGCACGACCUCGCCAAACGGUGCGUCAAAUUCGCCGACGAGGCUCUCCUCGCGUACAAGAAGCUCGGGGCUGCAAGAGAGAUAAUCAAAGUGCUUCAAGCAGCCUUUAAGGCAGCGCACGAGAAGGUCCUGGCUAAGGAGGAGGAAAUCGACGAGCUGCAGCUCAAGCUCGACAGCGCCGAGGGCAGCGAACGGAGCCUCCGAUCUGAAGUCGUCGACCUCCAGGCGAAAGUCACUGCUGCCGACCCAGAGGUCGGUUUGGAUAUCGCCAAUUCCAAUGACCUACAGAGCCGCCUGGACCGAGUCCUCGAGGACAAUGAACGCCUGGCCCUGGAUAAGACUAUGCUAGAGCAAGCCCUGGAGAGGUCCGAGGCUGCCACGAAUCACUACAAGGCCAUCGCACGGAGCCGCCAGCAUGAUCUCGACUCUAUCAGAGAGAUCAUAGGGGAUGCUCACCGCUUUCCUCUAGCCACACACUUUGAUAGUACUCCGGCUCCCCUCCGGCUGUUGGAUACGGAGCCUAAUUCUCGCCCACUUCCACGAGCGUCAAUAAAGCCAAUCGCAACACCGCUCCGGAACACUCUGGGGCCCGCAAGCGUUGACCCGUUCGAGACGAGACAAGGCGUACCACGCACCGCGCCCAGCAAUACCGCGCGCGUCAGAGGCGGCAUACGGAGCCCUGUCCUCUCUCCUAUCCGUCCUGAAGGUGUGCAAUUGCUCCCGCACCUCGUGACCCCAGCUCCCCUUCAGCUUGGGGAUACGGAGCCAAUGGCCCCCACGCCGAGCCGCGUGGCAACGGUGAGAAGGGGUAGCCGCCCGCCCAAAGGGACCCCGCGCAAGGGGGAAAUCCCCGCUGACGAUAUCGAGUGGAUUUUGCACGUCCCUAACCAAUACGGAGCCGAUUUCGUACCCUUCACCGACCUCCCGAUGGCCACCGAAGUGCCCCUGAGAAACCUUUUCGAGCAGGCGUUCCAAGUCAAGCCAAAUUCGAAGUAUACAGACAAACAGGCUAGGCAGCACAGUGCAUACGUUCACAUGGUCAGGAUCGCCAGCAGGAGCGAGCAGGCGAGGGGAGGGUGGUGUGUGAACGAAAAGGUCUUUCACGCAGGGCGCACACAGAGGGCACCGGACGGGCAUGCUUGCGCAAGGUGUGUAUCAGCUUUCCACCCUUGCGCUCGGGUGGUGGCCCACAACGACUGCUACGUGCUCUGCUUCUUUCCCCUGCCCGACCAGCAACGGGGCCGCGAAGUAGAUUGGCAGGAUAUGGGGUUCUGGAUUAUCCAGCCUUGA